CUUGACUACUCCAAUGUGCCAGGGUACUGGUAUGCCGUGGUGGACACUCCCGGAGGCAGCCAGAAGCGAGACCUGAAAACCCUUGUCGAUAGAUUUUUUGAUUACGGUAACACAGAAGCUUGGUACAACCGGUUUAAUAAGUUGGGUUUCUUAACAGGAAACUCUAUCAAGAUUACGGAAAAGCUAGAUCGGCUUGUCUACCACAAUGGGCAGACAUGCAACUACAUUGACAAGCCCGUGGAUGAAGAAGGAAAACUCGGAGAAUCUCUGAGCGUCGCCAUGCAAGGGUCUUCCAGCAUUGAGCUUCACUACGGGUUCUCAAUGAUCGCUACCUGGACGCCCGGUGCCAGUUUCAAUGUGCAUCAAGCGGCAGGCUUUGUUCGCCCUCAGGGAAAAACAGACGUUUCGUUCAGGCUUGGUGGAGAAGGCAUUCUCGAUACCUCCAAAUCUCUUAUGGGCUCGACGAUCACGAAGAAGUUUGGCGAAACAGGAGUAGCUGGCCACUCGCUUUAUAAAGGUUGGGCCUUCUUUACAGCAUACAAGGAGGCCAGCGUUGAUCUAGCAAGCGGAGAUAAUGUCGUUGGCGCUGUACCUUUCAGUGGCUACGCUGAAUCACGCAUCCAGAGCAAUUGGGGACUUUACAACGUUCAUUUUCCUGCGGGAGCCACCAUCACUCCAUCUACCGGCACUGGAGAAGGCAGCAGAGUCGAAGAUGAAGUCAGCAAGAGCACCAACAACAAGCUCAACGCACUCUCGAAAUCCAAAGGGUGGAUUGAGGUUGGCACGACAGUAAGAGUAGGACUUAUGGUGGGUAUGUCGUUCUCAAAGCCUUACGAUAAAGUUGUCGGCGAUUUACCAGACAUGUCUGUUUCUCAGCGAGUCUUCUCAAGAUGGAACCUUGAGCACACCGGUACACAAAGUUGCGUUUCUACAAGUCUUGGCACCAAGAUGAGAAGCCACUUGAAGAAAGGCUCCACCGCUUGGAGUACUUCCACGUCCGACAAGUUAUACGUAGACGAACUGGCCGCAGCCGGUACAAAGCAAUGUUUUAAGGACAAUGGUCAACCAAUCAAGAAGCGAGACCUGGAAAUUGCUCAGAAUCUGACCAAGCGGGAUGGGUUCGAGGACGGAAGAAUUGACUGGGGUGAAAUUCCCAUGCCAGGCUACAAUCUCGGCGACAAUUUGUUCAAUCAAAUGCUCCCUGCAUUAGGUUGUGACAAUUGUGCAAGCUGCACACUCCGGAAUCCAUUUAGGGAACCAUGCUGCGGUUGCGUUUGUUUAGGCUGCAAGUACGGAUUGGGACCGAGAGGGAGAGACGAGGGACCGCUUGGUCCGUACGGCGAUAACUCAGACAUUGAAUCAAUCUUCGGAAUACCUCUCUCGAAGCGCGAUCUAACUGAAGAGGGUAUGCUCAACGCCACGGAAGGAGGCCUACAGCAACUCGAAAAACGCGUCGGCCCAGUACCUAAUACGUCUAAUAAGCCAUGCAAUAUGUGCGGUCGAACGGAAACGAUCCCAUAUCCUGCAUUUCCAAACUUCCAAAAAAAUCCGCAGUCAGUAGUCGACUUCGACCUUUAUGAACCGCAGGUUAUGAAGUACUUCCAUAACUCAAGUGCAUCAUGCACGAGCUGGGCAGUUCGGCAACACGCAUCAAUAGAUAUGGUAUAUGAUUCUACGAUGAGGAACGGUCAAGUUGUAGGCAUGCGUAAAGGAUUCUAUCAAACUGAGCACCCAUACGAAGCCCAGUCAAUUUCGAAAUUCUUUGAAGAACAUGUCGGAGACUAUCAGAAUCCCGAGCGACGCGAUUGUGCGUGGGUGAGGAGAAACAUUGUCGACAACAAAACCCCAUUCAACGGCGCAGGUGGAAGUGUCCUACAGCUGAUGAUGCGGGAGUUGGGUAACAAGAACAGACCCAACCGUCUCGCUGUUUUCUUGGCUCGAUCAAACCGAAUGAAGGGCACCUUGUCCAGCCAUAACUCAGCCGCAAACCUUAAUACAUUUGAUGCUCUACAAGCUGGUGACGAGCAACUCAUGUACGUCAAAGAGUUCGGCAUGAUCUUCGCAUACUGGAACAUACCCGAUAUUUGGAACUCCUUCUGCGACAGCUACAACGGUAUGAGGGAUGUCCUCAGUGAUUUCGAUAGGAGCUGGAACUCUGCACAUGCCACCGAUCCAAGUGAUCUGGCGGGUCAAUGGGAAUCCUGGAACCGGAACAAUUUGAGAAUCAUCGCGCAGAAUGGUCGGUAUCAAGCGAUGAGUUUGUACAAUAGGAGGAAACAGAUUGGGGGGUUGUAUGGUUACUGGUGGUCACUGAAGUGGUGGACGGUGUUUUCGGCACCACUGGGGCAAAGCCAGUACGAGUACAUCAAGCUAGACAGGUCGUGUAGGAACUUGCAGUAG